UCCCCAACCUUUAACAAUUCUUCAAAGACUUUGCACGUUCUAGAGGUUCCUGAAAUGCUUUUCUUUAAAAACAUAUUCGAUUAACUUUAAUUUUACACAUUGGCUCGAGUUCUAAUCAGCAAGACAUUAUCUCAUCCUUCACCAUAGUUGUAAUAACCGUUUUAGGCUCUGUGUGACGCUGUUGGUCAGUGCGUGAAGGCUUUAGGCGCUUAUUGCGUGAUCCUGCCCAGACUGUGACAUCAUACAGACUGCGCAUUCUCUGUUUCAUUUGAGAAAAGCAGACCAAAUCGUCAACACGUCCGCACAUCGGUCGAAUGAAUUUGUCGUGCAUUUUUGGGCACUCGAAUCUGUGUAUAUAAAAGAAAGUGUGUAUAUGAUCUUUUGGAGUGAAUUGCAGUUUUGGUAAUAUGGGUGCUCUUUGUUCAUUGUACGCCCGACGAAGCAACUCCUCUAAGCAGGGUUUGACAUGGAAGCUUCUGGUUCUUUUUUCCUUUGUUCUGGCUGUUGUGCACUGUCAAAUCCGUUACUCCGUUCCUGAGGAGAUGAAUAAGGGCUCUGUUGUGGGAAAUAUCGUUCAGGAUCUCGGUUUGGAUGUUAAAAGACUGAAAUCUGGUCGAGCGCGGAUCUUCACGGAGGACAGUCGUGAGUACAUCGGUCUAAAUGUGGAUAAAGGGACUCUGGUAGUGAGAGAGAGGAUAGAUAGAGAGGAGCUGUGCGCCCAGGUCACUCCAUGCUCCUUACAUUUCCAGAUCAUUCUAGAAAACCCGAUGGAGAUGCAUCGAGUUGAUGUAGAAAUAUUAGAUAUUAAUGAUCAUGCUCCUGUUUUUGCAAGAAAGGAGAUUAAUAUCGACAUUGGUGAGUCCGCUGUCCCUGGUGCUCGGUUUUCUUUAGACAGUGCGCGUGAUCCUGAUGUAGGUUUAAACGCACUGCAGAGAUACACUCUUAAUCCAACAGACCAUUUCACUUUGAAAGAAUUAUCUCGCAAUGAUGGAACAAAAUAUGUUGAGAUGGUGUUACAGACAGCUUUAGACAGAGAGCAACAAGAAGAGCAUAAAUUAAUUCUGACAGCAUUUGAUGGAGGCUCUCCUCAGAAAUCUGGAACAGUUAAAAUAACCGUCAUUGUUAUUGAUGCAAACGACAAUCCUCCCGUGUUCAGUCAGCCAGUUUACCUAGUGUCUUUAUCAGAAAACGCUCGGAAAGGAAGCACAGUGGUGAUAGUAAGUGCUACAGACAAGGACAAAGGACCUUAUGGUGAGGUUACGUAUUCGUUUCCUCAAAGCACAGGAGUAGAAUCCAUAGACAUAUUCACCAUUAAUUCUGAUACUGGAGAAAUAAAACUGAAUGGUCUUUUGGAUUAUGAAAAAUCUAAACAGUACGAGUUAAAUGUCGAAGCUAGAGAUAUAGGGGGGCUGACUGAUACCAGUAAAGUGCUGGUUGAGAUCACUGAUGUUAAUGACAAUGCUCCUGUUAUCAGUGUUAUCUCUUUUUCCAACCCCAUCCCAGAGGACUCCGCCCCGGAGACUGUUAUAGCGAUGCUCAAUAUUAAAGAUAUAGACUCCGGUAAAAACGGACAGAUUAAAUGUUCAGUGAAUUCAGAUUUACCAUUUCGCAUCAAAUCAUCCUCCUCUAAUUUCUAUAGUUUGGUCACCGAUCAGUAUUUAGAUCGUGAGAAGGUUUCAGAAUAUAAUAUAACAAUCAGAGCUACUGAUGAGGGCUCACCUUCAUUCUCUACUAAUAAAACACUGCAGCUUAAAAUAUCUGAUGUCAAUGACAACGCCCCUGUGUUCCAGCGUCAGUCUUACACCGCUUAUGUGAUGGAAAAUAACACACCUGGAGUGUCUAUAUUUGCAGUCACAGCAAGUGAUAAAGACUCUGGUAACAAUGCGCGCAUUUCAUAUUUUCUUGAGGAUGUUCUCGUUAAUGGAGUUUCAGCCUCCACUUAUAUUUCAGUUCAUGCAGAGAGCGGAGAGAUUCUGGCUGUUCGUUCUUUUGAUUACGAGCAAACAAAAGAGUUUAAUAUCCGCGUAAAAGCGCAGGACGGAGGAAACCCACCUCUCAGUAGCAAUGUGAGUGUGAAGAUCAUCAUUCAGGACCAGAACGACAACGCGCCUCAGGUUCUGUACCCAGUCCAGACUGGGGGCUCUGUGGUGGCUGAAAUGGUGCCUCGCUCAGCAGAUGUGGGCUAUCUCGUGACUAAAGUGGUGGCUGUUGAUGUGGACUCUGGACAGAAUGCCUGGCUCUCAUAUAAACUGCAGAAAGCCACAGACAGGGCGCUGUUUGAAGUGGGCGCACAGAAUGGAGAAAUAAGAACUGUGCGCCAAGUGACCGAUAAAGAUGCUGUGAAGCAGAAGCUCACUGUUGUAGUGGAGGACAACGGGCAGCCCUCUCGUUCAGCUACGGUCAAUAUUAACGUGGCGGUGGCGGACAGUUUCCCUGAAGUGCUCUCGGAGUUUACUGACUUUACGCACGACAAGGAUUACAACGACAACCUGACUUUCUAUCUAGUCUUGGCCUUGGCUGUAGUUUCAUUUCUCUUUAUCGUCUCCAUCAUAGCCAUACUGUCAGUCAAAUGCUACAGAUGGAGACGAGAGCGGCUGUUUUAUAAAUCAGGUGCCAAUCUGCCAGUUAUUCCAUAUUAUCCACCCCUUUACGCAGACGUAGGAGGGACGGGGACUUUACAGCAUGUGUAUAAUUAUGAGGUUUGCAGAACGACUGACUCCAGAAAGAGUGAUCUGAAAUAUGCCAGACCUUCCAGUGAGAGCAUCAUUAGCUUGGACACCAGUGGAGCACAGACUCUCACGCAUGCGCAGAGAGACAUAACAAGCAAUGAUUAUGAUGAUAAGGUGAGAUCAAGAAACAUAGCGUUUUCUUACAUUUUCUUUCAUCUGUCUACACUGUGUAUACGUUUAUACAUAUUGGCACUCUAUUGUUUAUUCAGUUUUUUCUCCUUUUCUCCCUUUCCCCUUGUCUUUCUUUAUUCCUGAAAAUGUCUACAGUAUCUAUUUUUUUUUUCUUUCUUUCAUUAAUUUCUACUUAAUUCAAAAAAGAAUUCUUUAAAAUUUGAGGGCACACUCAUCUGUGUUAUAUUUUCUCUGCAGUAUUUCUUUAAUGCUCUAAGUGCCGCUGUUGGUCAGUAAGUGUGAGAAGGUGCAUGUUUUAAGCGGAUCUUUGUAGGGCCUCCCCUUUAUUCUGACGUCAUAGGAGCCGCAGAGCUUGUCUUCAUUUUUCGCUGGCUCUUAGUGGUGCAACGUCCGCUGUUGUUUUGAAUAAUAUUUCCCAUUUUGUUCUCUUUUAACUUUAGGAAUAUUUGUCGCAUCUCCUUGAUUUGGA